AUGCUCCUUGUGUGUUAUUGGCAGGUGAAGAGGGUUUCGCUCGGAGUUGGCGGCGUUUUCGUGGAGCACCAAGACGAUCUGAAACGAGGCGCUUGGGCCAACCAGAUCGAAUUUAUUCUAUCCUGCAUUGGGUAUGCCGUUGGCAUCGGCAAUGUUUGGCGUUUUCCUUUCUUCAUAUACCGCAAUGGCGGUGGUGCUUUUUUGAUACCCUUUAUUCUCAUGUUGAUCACGAUGGGUUUGCCUAUAUUCUUCUUAGAGCUUUGUAUGGGUCAGUACACUAGGCUAGGGCCUAUAAAGGCUUUUAGCCGCAUGGCGCCAGCUUUUCAUGGCCUUGGUUACUGCACAUUGGUCGUCAUCUUCUUUGUGCUGAUAUAUUACAUGAUAAUAAUCGCGUGGAUAUUAUUUUACAUUUUUAUUUCUUUCUCAUCAAAACUCUCUUGGGCGUACUGCGACAAUGAUUUCAACACGAAUAAUUGUUACAGCAACCUUCAAGCUGAAGAGUGCAAGACUAAUUCAAGUUCUAUAUUUUACAAUAAGACUUGCAUAGCCAUCCGCACGGUCUGUUCCAGUUUAGGUUAUGAUAGUUAUAAUAGUACCCAUUGUUUAGCUCCCUCGAAAAACGCCGAAAAAGCGUUCGAGGAUCUCUAUCAGCGGGUACUGUCAUCCGAGGAGUACUUCAGAGACUACGUUCUUGGUCUGCGCGGAGCCACAUGGGAAAACUUUGGCGGCAUACGAUGGGAACUAUUCGGAUGCCUCACGCUAGCUUGGGUAGUGUGUUUCUUAUGCCUGGUACGCGGUAUCCAGACUAUCGGCAAAGUUGUCUAUUUCACCGCUCUCUUCCCUUACAUCAUUCUUACAAUUCUUCUAAUACGCGGUGUUACACUGGAUGGUGCCGAUAAUGGCAUGUUGUGGUACAUAUAUCCCGAUUUUUCGAAGCUGGGAGGCGCAAAUGUAUGGGCAGACGCAGCCUCCCAAAUCUUUUAUUCGCUUGGCAUCGGCUGUGGAUCUCUGGUGACUCUCGCAAGUUAUAGCAACUUUAGCAAUAAUUGCCACAGAGAUGCUAUUUUCGUCACCUGCACCAAUCUAUUCACAUCUGUUUUCGCCGGCUUGGUGAUAUUUUCGAUACUUGGAUUUCUGGCCCAGAAAAUGGGUAUACCGAUCGACAAGGUGGUCCAGAGCGCAGAGGGAUUGGCUUUUGUCGCUUAUCCAGAGGCGGUGGUGCAGAUGCCGUGGUCGAAUCUCUGGGCCAUCUUGUUUUUCGUUAUGCUCUUCAUACUCGGUCUCGGUAGUCAGUUCGCAGGCGUGCAAGCGAUAAACACCGCCAUACUGGACUGGCGUCCGGAUUUGCGAAAAUACGAGAGUUUCGUAGUACUGGCUAUAUGCACUACCUGCUGGCUCCUGGCGAUUCCGAUGGUAUUCGACGGUGGUAUCUACCUGUUCAAGCUGAUGGACUGGCAUACCGCCUCUUGGGCGGUCCUAUUGAUCGGCUUCGCUGAACUCAUUGUGGCUUCCUGGUUCUAUGGAUGUAACAGAUUUCUAGCUAAUCUCACCGAAAUGAAAAUUAAAUUCGGCUAUUUCCUUCAUGGUUAUUGGUGGAUCUGUUGGGUCGCUCUCGCACCCAUUACUUGUCUAGCAAGAUUACCAGCUUUAGGUUCACAAAACUCAACGUCCCUUGGAGGCAAAGCGUCGUAUUCCCGACGACCAAACUGCUUAAUUAAUCUGGCUGCCUGUCGAGGCGUGCCGAGCGAAUUUUUAUUUAUAACCGCUGAAAUUUUUCGCUCGCGCCGUCGUGGGAAUCGAAAUAUUUCCCUCGACGGCUGCCGAACGGUGCUCUGCGCGAAAUUUCAGCUGCUAUAUGAGAAAUCAAACGUCCAACUAAUUGGCGCUCUGCCUUUAUCCGUAGGCAGUCUUUGGAUAUCAACUGUACCAAACCGAUUUUCGAGGAAGUUACGGCAAUUAUAUAUUCCCCAGCUGGGCGAGUGCCCUUGGAAUUGGAAUUGGACUAGCCACUUUGGUGCCAAUGCCGAUCUUUUUUAUCCCACAAGUUUGGAAAGCGGAGAGCGAAAGUCUCCCGAAAGCUUAUACUCGCCAAUGUCGACGCAGUUGCGGUUACGGGCCGAUUUAGAAGUUGCGGUCCGCGCCGUAAAAUCUCAAGAACUCGGGGAACGUCUUAAUACAAGUUUUUUUCACGGUACGUUGAGCUUCCGGAGUUUAUUUCGGCCCUCGCCAUUAUGGAGGGCAGCCGAGCAGAAGGAUACUCUGGAUACCGAUAGUGUCAGCACUGCGGUGGUCAAUCCGACAUACGAUUCUUCGUACAGAUUUUGA